AUGGAUGUCCGCCACUCGCACGGCACAGAGGUAUAUGUCGUCCGCGCAUGCUACGAAGACGACGCCGCAGACUUGAUUGCUGUCGGCGGCGCCCACUCCGUCGAGGUCCUCCUCCUGGUGAAAUCCUCCUGCAAGACCAUAGCCAACUUCCACAUUGGCUCUCGCAUCACCGCCAUCGCCUGGUCCUCUCGCGUCAGCUCCCCCUCCUCGGCCGAUGUCUGGUCAAUAGAGCUCGCCGUUGCAGGCGCCGACUUUAGCCUCUACCUCCUAUCAAAAUCCGCUUCGUCCGAGGAAGAAAUCUUCCCGUUCGGUGGCGGCCUCAGUGGCCACCAUGGAAAGGUCAACGAUAUGACCUUUUGCGGCGGGCAGAGCGAAGACAGCAUGCGCUAUGUCGCCACCGUGUCCGAUGACAAGGUACUCAUCGUCUGGGACCUCAACCCGAACCUCAAUAUAGCCUCGCCCCCUUCUCCCGGCGCGACCCUCCCUGAACGUCCGCAACCUACGGCGUAUGUCAUCAACUUCCCCCACCCCCUCACCAGCGUCGAUUCCCACCCGUCGACGAGCAAGGAGCUGAUCGUCGCAGACUGCCGGGGCUCCGUCUUCCUCACGGACUGGCGGUCCGACCCGGACGAGAACGAGCAAUACUCCUGGCGCAACCAUUCUGUCUUGGAGCUUGUAGAACCUCGCGCGCUCGCAGAUGCUGCCUCCGGCCUGUCCACAAAAUGGUCCGGUUCUGUCGCGUGGCGUCGGGACCCGUCGGCGGACUUCGUGGGUGCCGCCUACGGCUCAAAGUUUUCGCUGUGGGAUAUGGGCAACUUGUACGGAGGCAAACCUUACGUGACUGGCACGAGCUUUGCCGAGGGAGGCCAUCAGUUCAGGUGGUGUCCGACCUACCCGGACUACUUCGCCCUGUCGACCAGCAGCCCUGCAAAAGGCGCCGUCAUACACGUCCACAACGUCGCCUACACGCACUCCCAGCCGACCGCAUUUCAGAUCGCGCCGCGCCCGCUGUACGUGCGCUCCUUUGACUUUGUCGCAUGCCGAGGUAUCCCCAGAAUCGUUGCUGCGGUAGGGAGAGAUGUCAUAGUGUUCUACAUAGGGGUCGACUCUUGAUAUCAUUGUGUCGUGUUCGCGUAGUACACCAGUGAGAUGCUAGAGCGACGGUGGUUUCGUCAGCUACUCUGCUGCAAUCAACACACGCUUGGAAGAAGUUACAGCGGCUGUGCUCUUGCUCAGCGUCAU